AGAUGUUGUCAUAGUUGCUUACAUCCGCCAGGCUGAGCUUGAUGCGAAGCAAUACCAUUGAGUGCUGAAAUCUUUUCAAGAAAAUUGACAAAGUCGAUUCUUGCGCACAAACACGAUGGAUCAAGUUGCUUCGAAUGUUUAUAUAAAGGACAGCGUCCUCUCAUCUCGAAACUCACUUGAACUAUCACCAUCCACAUUACAACCUACAUCAUAAACAAACAACAUCCAAACACUACACACUGAACCUUUACCCCCAAAGCGCAAUACAUCGCUCGAUAAUCUUUGAUCUUCGAUAAAGAUUUCGUAAACCACAAUGCGCUUCUCACAAGUUUCGCUGCUGUUUACUUCGGUCAUCGGUCUAGGCCAAGGCUUGAUCGUGCCCGAGACGAGCCGAGCAGUGAAAUCUAGCAGCACUCGCACGCUUUUCUUGCGUGAUGACUCUUUCUCAUGCCCUGUCGAUGGCGAGGACGAGUGCACCUCCUGUCCUGAUAUCCUCUUUAAUGGGGAUUCUCUCUCAGCCCGAGUUGAUAUUCCCAUGAAUGCCAUCGGCUCCGGCUCAUGGAAAGGGGGCGAUGUUCUCGAGUCUCACGGGCUGAGCGUUUGCACGGUCAUGGCGCUCUGGGACAAGAAUCAUUGGAUCAUGGCGCAUAUCCCACCAGCACGAGAAGGCAAUGAUGGAGGUCUGGCGGCGACGGGUCAGGACCUUGUUGAUGAAUACAAGUCCAAGUUUGAUGACCGAUAUAGCGACGAGGACUGGGACGAACCCGUCGGUUAUCUCCUCGUGAGCAAGUAUCUCGAUGGAGACCUUAAAACCAACCUCGAAGAUUGGUUCAAGGACAGGGAUAUCGAGCCAACUGUAGAAACUUACGGCCCCGAAGACGUUAUGUCCGGCAGCGGCAACCUUGUCAUCUCUCGUGAGGGUCAAGAUUAUCCCCCAGCCGUUGUUUACUUCUAAACAUUAUUGGAUAGAGGCAUCCAGGUAUCGGCUUUAGGGACUUAGCUAUCAGACAUGUAUCUCAUAUUGUAUUAUAC